AUGACUCCAAUUCCAAUCCUUCUUGCAAUCCUCUUUAUAGAAAUAGCAAUUCAUGGCAGUGAACUGUAUACAUUGUAUCAACAACGCACAUCCAUCCCUGUAUUGCUAUCAGAAGCCUCUUCAUUUAAUUAUCAAUUCAAAAAUACACUCGUUAACUUAUUAGAAAACAUAUCUAAAGUUAUUUUCUAUAUUACCAUAUACAAAACAGCUCAUAAAACUUUCAAAAUCGUACGUAACAACUACAACUUCUUUACAUUUUUAAUUAUUUUCCGCUAUUUACUUGUAAUCCUCCCAUCAAGACUCAUUAAACUAUUAGUAAUUGAUACAAACAUCAAGCCUAACAUCCAAUUAUUUGUUCAAAAGCAAUUAAUAGAGCAACUUACAAUUUGGCUUUUAUCAACCACCUUUUUGAAUAUAUUAAAUUACAUCGCUGUAAGAACAAAUUCAUUUGUGAAUGUAGCAGAAAUUACUCCUUUAAUCGAUCAAGUUGAAGAUUCACCUGUCAACACUUUCUCAUCAGAUUCUGAUUACUACUAUUCAUACAGUUCUAUUUCUCAAAGUAGAGCUCGUGAGAAUAGACGUAGAGCAACAAGAACUUACGCAUAUAGUAGACCUCUCUAUCUUUAUCUUGGAUUGGUUUUACUAAUUUUAUUACUUAUUCAACCACUUACAGCAAGAAUUAACUCUCGAAUCGGAUCAAAAUUCAUCAUAAAUACUGUCUCACAUAAUAAAUUCCUUGGAAGUCUUCAACUCCUCCAUGGAAUGAACUUCAACAAAAUUUUGAUCGAGCGAACAUAUAAUACCCCGAAGCAAAUUGACUAUAAAAUAAACGGUUAUUUCAACCGUGAGCUUAUUAUUAGCGAGCCAACAAUGAUGAAAUUGAAGAGCAAUGAUUUGACAGCAAUUUUCGCAAACUACUAUUACCUCAUGAACAGCCAUGAAGAAAUGGCUAAGUUCGUUAUAAGUUUGAUUGAAAUUGUUUCACUUUCAUUAUUAUUCAGAAAAGUACUCGCAGAAAGAUUCAACAAACUAUCCAAAAUACCAAAGAUACAGAUGUCGUAUCUAUUGCCAAUCUAUUUGGCCUACGCUUUUCCAGUUCAUUUCUUUUUUGAAGUAUUAAGAAUGAACACAACAAAAUACUUCAUCAUUAAAGGUGAUGAGUAUGCAUUUAAGCAUAAUUUACCUAUUAAUGAUACCUUAAUCAAGGUUUAUACAUAUAAUUUAGACUUAUUCAGACAUUCCCAUAUUUAUUCCUUAUUAACCUUUUCCAUGCCAACAUUGAGUGAUCGCUUAUCAGUUAUCGCUCGAAAAAAAGUUGAACUACAGAUAAGUUCAUAA